AUGCAGUCCCAGUCCGUCGUCUACCAGCCUCUCUACGAGGACAUCGUAGCGCGGCUCGACCCCGAAUAUGUGGCCUUCCACAAGGAGCACAUGCUAUACAAGCCGCUGCAGCACCAGCGGCCCUGGAAUCCCGAUAUACGCAAGGAACCCAACGUCCCUGGCAAUACUUCGCCGUUGCAAGUAGGCAGCGUGCGCGAUCUCUCUGUGGGGAGAUGUAUGGCGAGAGUGUUUAAGCCUGAAGGUGCCCCUCCGGAAGGGGGCUGGCCCGUGCUGUUGUAUUUCCACGGAGGCACGUCUGACCCUUAUCACGGCUUUCCUUGGCGCGCAAAAUGUGUGGUAGUGUCCGUUGACUAUCGUCUGGCGCCGGAGAACCCGUAUCCUGCCGCUGUUGAGGAUGCGGUAGAGUCGUUGCAAUGGCUCUAUACCCAUGGCAAAGCUGAGUUGACGGUAAACACCAAGCGCAUCGCGGUCGGGGGCUCCUCGAGCGGCGGUAAUCUGGCAGCAAUACUCGCGCUGAAAGCGGCGGAGAUGACCCCGCCUAUCCCGCUCGUCUUCCAGAUGCUGUUUGUACCAGUCACAGACAACUUGGCUAAUCCGGAUGGCGACCCGCAUGCUUCGUGGUACGAGUGCAGGAACACGGUGUGGCUGAGCCCGGCGAGGAUGCUGUGGUUCCGAAACAACUAUCUGCCCAAGGCCGAAGAUCGCGGCAAGUGGGACGCGUCGCCGCUCUUUGCGCCGGACGAGUUGGUCCGCAAGACGCCCAAAGCCUGGAUCGCGCUGUGCGAGCUGGAUAUCCUGAGGGACGAGGGGACGGCGUAUGGCGAGAAGUUGCAGAAAGCGGGGGUGGACGUAGAGGUGAAGGUGUACAAGGGCGCGCCUCACCAUAUCACGAACAUGGACGGUGCGGUGACCCAGCUUGGGCGGGACUUGAUAUCCGAUGCAGUACAGGCCCUGGGCGUUGCGCUAGGCACAUUGUGA